AUGUGGUCCUGGUUCGGCGGCGCCGCCGCUCAAAAGCGGAAGGAUGCCCCCAAGAACGCCAUCCUCGGCCUCCGAGCUCAGCUGGAGAUGCUGCAGAAGCGCGAGAAGCACCUUGAGAACCAAAUCGCGGAGCAAGACGCCGCAGCACGGAAACACGUCGCCACAAAUAAGAACGCCGCCAAAGCUGCUCUGCGACGGAAACAUCAGCAUGAGAAGAACCUUGAGCAGACCUCGGCGCAGGUCGUGCAGCUCGAGCAACAGAUUUACUCGAUCGAAGCGGCGAAUAUCAACCACGAGACGCUCCAGGCUAUGAAGUCGGCUGGUGAUGCUAUGAAGCAGAUUCAUGGCGGUAUGAGUCUGGACCAGGUCGACGAGACGAUGGACAAACUCCGAGAACAACAUCAACUCAGCCAGGAAAUUGGCGACGCUAUUACGAACAUGCCGCUGGGCGAGCAGAUGGACGAGGGAGAGCUGGACGCCGAGUUGGAGGGGUUGGAGCAGGAGGCUAUGGACGAGCGUAUGCUCAACACUGGGCCUACGCCAGUGGGAACUCGGUUGGAGGGCCUACCUGCUGCUGGAAAUACAGAGCUCAACAAGCCACACGCAGCCGAGGAAGAAGACGAGGAGGCCGAAUUGGCCAAGCUCAAGGCUGAAAUGGCCAUGUAG